AUGUCCUCGAAGCUUCUCCGGCUGCGUACCGCCAGGCAACGCCACUUCCUGCCGCCGCCGCUGCUGCAGCUCGUCCCCGUCCUCCUGCUCCUGCCGCCGUCACGCCCGGCGUCGGCGGCGGCGGCGACGGCGGUCACGCACCUUCCCGGAUUCGAUGGCCCUCUGCCCUUCAACCUUGAAACAGGGUACGUGGGCGUGGAGGAGGAGACCGGGGCGGAGCUUUUCUACUAUUUCGUCGAGUCGGAGAGGAGCCCCGGCACCGACCCUCUGCUCCUAUGGCUCACCGGCGGUCCCCGCUGCUCGAUCAUCAUGGGCCUGGCCUUUGAAAUCGGUCCUCUGAAGUUUGUGUUGGCACCGUAUAGUGGCGGUUUGCCGGAGUUGGUGUAUAACCCAUAUUCAUGGACAAAGAUGGCAAACAUACUCUUAUUGGAUUCACCGGUCGGUUCCGGUUUUUCGUUCGCUCGUGAUCCCAAAGGCUACUAUGUUGGGGACUACUCGUCAUCUUCGCAGGUCCAAACAUUUCUAAAUAAGUGGUUCACGGAUCAUCCGCAGUACCUUUCAAAUCCUUUCUACAUUGGUGGAGAUUCAUAUGCUGGAAAGGUGAUUCCACUUAUUGCACAAGGCAUUUCAGAAGGAAUUGACAUGAGGCAGCAACCUGUCAUCAAUCUCAAGGGAUAUAUGGUUGGCAACCCUAUAGCAGAUCCAAAGUUUGAUGAAAAUUACAAAAUUCCUAGUGCUCAUGGCUUUGGGAUAAUAUCUGAUCAAAUAUAUGAGAGUGCUGUGAAGAAUUGCAAAGGAGAUUACGUUAACCCCGUGAAUGAAAUGUGUGUUGAAGUGUUGCAUACUAUCAAUAAUACAUAUGGUUACUAUCUGGCUUACUUUUGGAUGAACAACAACAUGACUAGAAAAGCUCUUGGGAUCAAGGAGGGAACAACGAGUGAGUGGAUACAAUGCAACAUAGGGCUCCCCUACACAUACGAGACACCGAGCAGUAUACCGUAUCAUCUCAACCUCACUAUGAAAGGUUAUCGUGCACUUGUGUACAGCGGAGACCAUGAUCUCGAGGCGCCAUUUCUUGGCACACAAGCAUGGAUAAGAUCCUUGAACUUUUCCAUCGUUGCUGACUGGAGAGCAUGGCAUCUUAGUGGGCAGGCUGCUGGAUUUACCAUAGAAUACACAAACAAUAUGACAUUUGCCACAGUGAAGGGUGCUGGUCAUACUGCUCCAGAGUACCGGCCUAAAGAAUGUUUCGCCAUGGCUCAAAGGUGGUUGGACAAUGAGCCUCUCUGA